GGGAGCGGGGACGACUCGCGAUGCUUGUUUCUCUGGUGUAACGUUUCAAGUGAUAUAGAAAGUAGGCUAAACCAGGCAAAUGGCACGUUUAUAUUGUAUUUAAAUCCACACAGGAAACAAUGGAUACGAAGACUGUUUUCUCUCUACUCUACUUUGCCUUUUUAGCCGCGAAUAGAAGUGUGGUUUCCGGGGCCCCUUCCUUCUCCAUAGACUACAAGAACAACUGUUUCGAGAAAGAUGGGAAGCCUUUCCAGUACGUCUCCGGCAGUAUCCACUACUCCCGCAUCCCUCACUACUACUGGAAAGACAGACUGCUCAAGAUGUACAUGGCUGGACUCAACGCUGUACAGAUUUAUGUUCCCUGGAACUUCCAUGAGGAAAAGCGGGGUGUUUACAACUUCACUGGGGAUCGAGACCUGGAGAACUUCCUGGAUCUGGCCAAUCAGACUGGCCUCCUGGUGAUCCUCCGCCCCGGACCCUACAUCUGUGCAGAGUGGGAGAUGGGUGGUUUACCAGCUUGGCUGCUCCAGAAACCAAACAUUGUACUUCGCUCAGCAGAUACAGACUACUUGGAGGCAGUGAGCUCCUGGAUGGCAGUUCUGCUCCCAAAGAUGAGGAGAUGGUUGUAUACAAACGGAGGGAACAUUAUCACUGUGCAGGUAGAGAAUGAGUAUGGGAGCUACUACACGUGUGACUACAACUACAUGCGGCACCUGAGGACCCUGUUCCAGUUCUUCCUGGGGGACAAAACUGUUCUCUUCACGACCGACGGGAACACGGACCGGGAAAUGACCUGCGGGACCCUGGAGGGGAUGUACGCCACUAUAGACUUUGGGACAGACGUCAACAUAUCCCAAGCUUUUAGUCGGCAGAGGAGAUUUGAACCAAGAGGCCCUCUGGUGAACUCUGAGUUCUACACAGGGUGGCUGGACCACUGGGGGGACCAGCAUGCUCAGGUGGACACCCAGAAGGUCAGCAGGAUGCUGGGGGAGAUGCUCAGCAUGGGGGCCAGCGUCAACAUGUAUAUGUUUGAAGGAGGGACCAACUUCGGCUACUGGAAUGGAGCGGACCAUGAUAACAGGUUUAGGUCGGUAGUGACCAGUUAUGACUACAACGCCCCUCUGUCUGAGGCAGGAGACCCUACAGAGAAACUACUAGCCAUACGGGAUACCAUCAGCAAGUUCAGAGACAUCCCUGUGGGUCCCAUGCCCCCAGCCUCUCCCAAGAUGGCCUAUGGCUUUGUGACUCUGACAAUGGUAGGGAACCUCAGCAGCCUGUUGGACACGCUGUCACCUCAGGGUCCUGUCCGCUCACUGUACCCUCUGUCUUUUGAAGAGAUGAAGCAGUACUAUGGCUUCAUGCUGUACCGGACCAAGCUGCCCAGGGACCUGCCAGAAGACACACCCCUAAUCUCUCCUCUGAAUGGGGUUCAUGACCGGGCAUAUGUCUCCGUCUGUGGGGUGUUCCAGGGGCUGCUGGAGAGAGACACGACUCUGGUGAUGAACGUAACAGGGAAACAGGGGGACCAGGUUGAUGUUCUAGUAGAGAACAUGGGACGAGUCAACUUUGGCAGCAAGAUCAACGACUUCAAGGGCCUGUUGAGUAACCUGAUCCUUGGUAAAGAUGUGCUGACAGAUUGGCAGAUCUACCGUCUGGACAUUGACGGAGCCAUCGCCUCCGGAUGGCCCCAGUCAGGCCAGCGACGCUCCCCGCCCAACCCAGUCAGAGGGCCCUCAGAUGGGCCAGUCUUCUACCAGGGCACCCUGCCUCCCAACGGUCUGGCCUGGGACACCUUUCUCCGGCUCAAUGAAUGGACCAAGGGACAGGUGUGGAUCAACGGGGUGAACCUGGGCAGGUACUGGCCUAAGAGAGGUCCCCAGCAGACCCUGUACGUCCCGGGGCCCCUGCUCAGCCCCACCCAGCCCAACAACAUCACAGUCCUGGAGCUGGAGAGGGCCCCUUCUCACACCAGGGUCCUCUUCAUGGACCGGCCCCAGCUCAACAGCACUGCUGGCAAGACAUCACAGCCACAGACCACAGACAGACAGACAGACAUGACAUCACAGCUACAGGCCACAGACACAGACAUGACAUCACAGCUACAGACAAGACAGACAUGACAUCACAGCUACAGGCCACAGACAGACAUGACAUCACAGCUACAGGCCACAGACACAGACAUGACAUCACAGCUACAGACAAGACAGACAUGACAUCACAGCUACAGGCCACAGACACCACAGCUACAGGCCAGACAUGACAUCACAGCUACAGACAAGACAUCACAGCUACAGACAAGACAGACAUGACAUCACAGCUACAGACAAGACAUCACAGCUACAGACAAGACAGACAUGACAUCACAGCUACAGGCCACAGACAGACAAGACACCACAGCUACAGACAGAAGACAUCACCUCAGAGAAUCAGUUUCUUCAUAGUUGACACACCGAGACGACAGACAGCCAAUCAAUCCCUCCGAAUAAGUCUCUGUCCAACCACUUAUCUGCAGCAUGAGCUAAUACACUCCAAUCGUCUAUCAAUCAAUGUAUGAGUAGCAUAUCCUGUAUCAAUUCACUUCAGCACUCGUUUCUACGGACUUCAGUCUAUAACAAAUGAAAACUCCGAGCUUUCAGUUUCUGUUCCUCGGUCUCUGCUACAUCUGCAAAUAGAAUGAUCUGUCUAAAGGCCAGUUCAGGUUUGGUUUUCUGUUGAGCUCACGCAGGUAUGAAUAAAUAGAUGACAGUAUUAUGGUAAUCAUGGUUUUCUGUUGAGCUCACGCAGGUAUGAAUAAAUAGAUGACAGUAUUAUGGUAAUCAUGGUUUUCUGUUGAGCUCACGCAGGUAUGAAUAAAUAGAUGACAGUAUUAUGGUAAUCAUGGUUUUCUGUUGAGCUCACGCAGGUAUGAAUAAAUAGAUGACAGUAUUAUGGUAAUCAUUGUUUUGACAUGAUUUAAUAACAUGAGUUGCUGUGCUUCUGUCAGAUAAUGUAUGUUUUGGCACGUUACUAUAUACCUAUUUCAUAAAAACACUGUGUACAUGAAUAAACAGUUUCAUCAAUCACACGUA